AUGAGUUAUGACGCAACUAGCGACGAUACGGUGGUAUCAUCAUCAUUCCUGCGACUUCGAGUUCGUUCUGGGAUUUACAACACGAAACAGAACACCAGCGACAUCGACGACUACUACAGCUACGACUACAACGAGAGCCUGGUCACCGUCGAGCUAGAGGAGGUGAUACCAGUGGCCACUGUUUACGGCUUGAUGCUCCUCAUCGGGCUGGUGGGAAAUACCCUGGUGAUCUUUUCCAUAGUGCGCUAUCGGCGGAUGAGGAACGUCACCAAUGCCUUUUUGCUGAGUCUAGCAUCCGCUGAUCUACUCGUGGUGCUCAUAUGUAUACCAGUCAAGUUUGCUGCCUUCUUUUCGUUCACGUGGACGUUCGGAGAGUUCCUAUGCAAGGGAGUGCACUACCUACAGAACGUGUCGGCCAUCUGCUCCGUGUUUACCCUCACUGCCAUGAGCUUGGAACGGUAUUACGCCAUACUCCACCCGAUGAGAGCGAAGUACGUGUGUACAGUGGGCAACGCUCGACGCACGAUUCUCGUCGUCUGGAUCCUGUCGGUAUUCCUGGCCGUCCCCAUCGUCUUUCAGAGGAUCCAUAAGCUGGUGGGGUUUGUGAGGACUGGCUACUGGUGCGUCAAGAACUGGGACAUGACCACCUACAGCCAGCUCUACGAGCUGUACAUGCUGUCCAUCAUGCUUCUCUUCCCGGUCGUCAUCAUGUCGUUCGCCUACGCCAGCAUCUGCUUCGAGCUGUGGAUCAUGACAAACCGGAGAUCGGCCAUGCGCAGUGGAAUGACCAUGUCUUCUCCCGCAGAAAGAACACCUGACAAUAGUCCUUACAGAGUGACGUCAGAAAGGACACCCGUUGUCAAACGAAAGACACUCAAGUUUUCGUCUGACGACGAUAGCACCAGAAAACAGGUUAUCAAAAUGCUGGUGGCCGUCAUAACGAUAUUCAUCAUCUGUUGGGCUCCCAUCACGUUGAACAACGUGCUUACCGCAUUUGGCGUCAUCGACUCGCUCAACUACGGCUUCCUCAAGCCCAUGAGACAAGCCUUCUAUUUGCUGGCUUAUGUCAACAGCUGUGUUAAUCCCAUCAUAUACGGCUUCAUGUCGAGAAACUUUCGCCAGACGUUUGCCUAUGCCCUGUGCACGUGUAUAAAGGGCCGAGAGUACAGUCGGAGGAAGUACCUGAUGCGGCACAACUCCAUGCAGACCCGCACGUCGAACGUGAGCACGUAUCGGUACGAGGACACGGACGUCCUUAAGCCCCAGAGAGGCAGCUACUCAAUGCCCAGUGUUCCCAGUUGUUCGCAGGAGUCGCCCAAACAAGCUGAUGGUGUGGAGCUCGUCCACGUGGACUCCCUGUAUGGAACGACCGGUGCUAAUUACGUGUGAUUCUUUAAAAACAGCAGCAAGCGAACCAGACUAUUAAGGCUCAGCGUGUGCGUAACUUUGGGCUAAAAAUUGAUUUCGAAAUACACUGGAUACAUGUGUCUGAAAACACAUUAUGGCAAGCCGAACUGAAAUACUCGUAUAUGGAUUAUAUGCUCACAGACGCAUGGGACGCAUCCAGUCUAUAUGAGUCUUUUGAGUUUAAGAUUUAAAAAAUUGUUUCGCAAAAAUAUAAAUGCAGGGAGUGAUCUUAAAGGGACAUUCCUGAGAGUGCUGCAUUGUAAGAUAUU